CCCCCUGUUGGUGUAGCUCCGCUUCGUUCUGUACCUGACAGCUCAGCGGAAGAUGCACAUAACCAAGCCCGGUGCUCCUCACCAGCAGAGAUAAAGAGCCGGGUAUCGAGAGUCCAGGCUGGAUACAGAUAGGCUGUAGUCCUCAGCAUCUCGCUCCACACACACACACACACACACACACACACAGCGGCAUGGAGCGCUCCUGAUCCCGGCAGGACGCCCCGGAGAGCUCAGCCAUUCUUCCGUCGUCACAUCUCGGAUCUGUUUUGGAUUUUCGGAGGCCCGACCAUGUCUGCGAGAGAGAAGAGGAUUGUGACCAAAGACAGUGUCAGCCUGCUGCCCUGUUUCUAUUUUGUAGAGCUGCCCAUCCUGGUGUCGUCUGUGGUCAGUCUGUACUUCCUGGAGUGGACAGAUGUGUUCAAGCCGGUGAAGUCUGGCUUCAACUGCCAUGACCGAAGCCUGAGCCUGCCCUACAUCGACUCAAACCAUGAGGUCAUCCCCCUACUGAUGCUGCUCAGCCUGGCCUUUGCGGGACCUGCUAUCACGAUAAUGAUUGGAGAGGCCAUCCUGUUCUGCUGUUUGUCUCGGAGAAGGAGUGGCAUCGGGGCCGAGGCUAACAUAAACGCAGCUGGCUGCAACUUCAACUCCUUUAUACGCAGAGCUGUCCGCUUCGUUGGCGUUCAUGCAUUCGGCCUUUGUGCCACGGCACUCAUCACCGACAUCCUCCAACUGAUGACAGGAUACCCAACGCCAUACUUUCUCACUGUGUGUAAACCCAACUACACCACCCUCAACGUCAGCUGUGAGAAGAACCCCUUCGUCAUGGAGGAUAUCUGCUCAGGGGCUGACCCCGCAGCCAUCAACCAGGGCAGAAAAUCCUUCCCGUCACAGCACGCUACCCUUGCAUCCUUCGCCGCUGUCUAUGUUUCGAUGUAUUUCAACAGCACUCUGACAGACUCAUCCAAGCUGCUCAAGCCACUGCUGGUCUUCUCCUUCAUUAUCUGCGCCAUCAUUUGUGGUCUGACCCGGAUUAUUCAGUACAAGAACCAUGCCAUUGACGUCUACCUGGGCUUCUUGCUUGGAGGUGCUAUUGCUGUCUACCUGGGGUUGUAUGCGGUUGGAAAUUUUCAGCCAAGUGAAGAGGCCAGUGCCAGCCCCCCUACAAUGCUACAUCGCCCUCCCUGCUCCUUGCCCCAUAUCAGCCAGGAGGCCGUACUCCACCACCUGCAAAUGAAAGCCAGCAUGGCUGGGGAGCCUGGCAUGCCCACAUCCCACUCUGAGGGCCUCCUCCACCGAAGUAUUCAACAGCAAAGGCCUGAUGACAGUCUGAAGCGCUCAAGCGCAGAUGUUGAAGUGAUCUCCCCCCGCAGCCCUCAGAGCAAAGAUGCCAUGGUGACCUUUAGUCAUACCCUUCCUCGGGUCCACACCCCCCAGGCGAUGGCAGCGUAUGAGGAAGCAGCCAGACGUCACGCUGCCACUCUCCACCAUGCCUCCAUGGACUCCAGCCGCUCAAAGCAGCUUUUGUCUCAGUGGAAAAGUAAGAACAACCACAAAUGCUCCCUGCAGGUCCCAGACUCCUUUUCCUCCUCUGUAGACUCGUCAUCUGGUCAGUCCUCCCAGCAUCCGCACCACCAUGGCAGCAUGGAGCUCCGAUCCAGCUCUGAGCCCUCUGCUAUGGGCCUGAAUGGAGGCUUUGACAGUCAUGCAUACAUGUCCAAACUGGUCACAGGUGCUAGUACCACCCUGCCCAGUAACUGUAGUGGCAUCACCGGAGGGGCUAGGAUAGCUAUGCAGUCUAGACCUGGGUCUUCACAGCUGGUCCACAUACCAGAGGAAGCUCAUGAGAAUUACAACACAGCCUCCCCAAGAAUGGGGGUGGGAGGAGGAAAUGAGGGGAUGUCACCAAUAAAUAGCGCAGUUCAGGCUAACUGGCAAAGGGCUGCAGAGAAGACUACAGCCUGCAGGACUAACGAUAAUGGACAAAACACACAGCCACGAAUCAUGCAGGUGAUUGCUAUGUCCAAGCAGCAGGGCCUACUACAGACCCAUUCCAAGAGCUUAGAUGAGAGCAGCAUUGGCUGCAGCACCACUGGGAGUUGCCAGGGCUCUGCUCGCUAUAGGACUGACCAAGACCCCACAAGCACCACAGGGCCCAGCUCGCUGGGUAGCAACACAGGCAGUAUUUCUGGGAGUACCGGAGCAAUUGUCAGAAUAGAGGCCCACCCUGAAAACAACAGGCCUGUGAUUCAAGCCCCGGCCACAGAUGGGAGCGGAUCAUGGAGGUGGCGGUCCCUGGAUCAUGGCACUGGAGCUGGUGGAGGUGCAGGGACAAGUGGAACAGGAGGAGGAUCAGGAGCAGGAGGCGGGAGUUUAAGGCAGUCCUUCGAGCUCAACGAUCUAAACAGAGACUCAGAAAGCUCAGACUCGAUACGUGAAGGGUCCAUUGACAGGAAACGUGCCAAUCACAUCGUUACCACCACUGCAACCGUUAGCACCCCACCUAUAGUUACUGUUCACACCCAGAACACGGGCCAGUCAGAGCAGAGGCUCCACCCCCAGGGCCUCUCUACCAUAAGGGUCACUCCGGGGGAUGGUAGUGGUUCUGGAUCUGGAGGAGCCGGUGGAGGAGGAGGUGGGGAGACCGCUUCAGAAAUCCCAUCAGUUGCCUCCAGUCGUGAGUCCACGCUGCGGAGAAAAGGCCAAAAUAUCAUCCUGAUUCCAGAGAGAGCUAACAGUCCUGAUAAUGCCCGGAACAUUUUCUACAAGGGAACAUCGAUAACUCCUGUUUUCAAGGAGUAAUGUAUUAAAUUACCAGAGACUUCAGAAGAAGUCGUAGCUAAUAUAGCUGGAUUUUGAAAAAGGCCUGUAUCUGUGACAACUGUCAGUAUUACCUGUCAUUGUACAUAUCAUAAUAACUUCAAAAGAAAAGGUUUUAUUCAGCAUGAGGUUUUUGUACGUGUUUACACUAAAUCACAACCUUUUAAGUGUUGUAGAAAUAAUCACUGUGUACUUUUGUGGUCACUCCUAAGGAAACCUAUUGUAAUGUUGAUGCUGUGCAAGUGCUCUGGGGACAGAAAAACCUUUUUUAAAACAGUUCCGUUUGUUUUGGAUAUAAAUCAUCACAAAAAAAGAAAAAAUCAAGUUGCACAGUAAUGUGCAAACUGUAGCAAAAGCAGCAAAUACAGCAAAAUAAUUGUAUCAUAGCUGUAAAACCAGUGUUUACUUCCCUGCACUGUAAAUACUGUGUAUGUUUGAAAAGGGUGCUACACCAGAAAAUACUAUUUACUAUACAACAUACUGUAUAAUUUGAAUAGAUAAAGAAUUAAUUAUUUUACAAAGAGUGAACAGCAAUGACAUUAACAUGUGACAGAGAUAUGUUUUGUAUUUUGUCUCUUACUGUACAGAUACCACAUACUCAACAGAAUACUGUUUUGAACCAUAAGUGUGCUUAGCAUUCCUUCUGUAGCUAUGAAGUCAAAUAUGCUGUGACUUGCACUGAAAUAUGCGUUUACCGUACCUUGUAUACUGUAAACCCUGACCUUAUCUUUAUAUCCUGUACUUACAUUUUGAUGUCCAUGUCAAUCCCAUAUCUACAGCACAGAAAAGCAGCAAAACAGUGGAAUGUUAUGCUUCGUUAUACCAUAAGACAAGAAGUACAUUUCCAAAGGUCAAUACAAUACUUGACCUCAAGUUUCCCAAAUUAAUUUGACAAGUUUCAUUUUGCUUGAAAACUGUCUUUGUGGCUAUCAAAUGAACAUUUUGAGAAAUAUACUUACUGCUGUCCAAUCUACAGCCAAAUGCUGUACCAGAGUUCCAACUAGCGUAGUUAUUCUGGGGUUCCAGUAUAAAAACCAUGUCAGUGCAUUUUAUUUUUUGCAUUGACAUGAUUAGGUGGCAGUUGGAACACUUACAAGGCUUUGAUGGGCAUGGAAUUUUUCCUGGUUAAAUCACAAAAGACGAAUUACCACAACAAGCCAAGAGAAAAAUUAUUUAACAUACACUUAUAGCAUUGUAGCACAGUAUCCCGGAGCCUCCUGUGUCACUAUGUUGAGAAACACUGAGGAUAUUGGUAAAAAAAACAAUUAGAAACAGCAAUUUACAGUGGGAAAACACCACGUUGCAACUCUAUACCAGUUUUAUCUCUGUGUUCACAACAGAGAUAAUUGGUCUGGGAUGUUUUAGCCUAGCUUAGCACAAAUAUCUAGUUAUCUGCCCAGGAGUUGUUCGAAAUAUAAAAAUAGUUCCAAAGUUACCACAAGUACCGCCAUAUUUAAUUUUCUUCAAUUCUUUCAAUAUAUGCUGCUUUAUCAUGAUAAGCUUUUGGAAGGCUACUUCUUAAUUUUAUAUAGAAGCUACCAGUUUCCCCCUUCUUCCAGUCUUUUUGCUAAGCUAGGCUAUAUCUUGGAACCGUUACCAGAAAUAAGACUGAUCUUUUUUUCUGACUCUGGUUCCAAUAGCAAACAAACAUAUUUCCCAAAAUGUUGUGUUUCUUAAAAGUCAAUUCUUUAAUCCUCUUUUUCUUAGAAAAAUAACGUUAAAAAAGCAUUGAAAAGCAUUAAAGCAUUGUGCUCACCAUAGUAGCAAAAAUCAAAUAGAUUUUUUGUAGCAUACAUUUACAGGUGUAGCAUUGUAGCAGGAAUCUACAAUAUUGCUGUUAAAUUAAUACCUCAGUAUAAUUCUCAUUGUCAAAUUAAAACCUUUUGGCAUCUUUGGUUUUGCUGAACAGAAGCACCAUAUAACAGGUGAUUUUUUGGUGGGUUUAACACUCCCUCCAUCAUCUUCCAUAUGCAGUGGAAGAAUGUCCUUUUGUGCCAUAAAGCAACCAGCAGAUUUUCUACCAAACCCAACCCAGUGUAGCAAAUGCUAUUUAGAGGCUAGUAGAGGCUGCCAGUUUUACACAGUAUGUACAGGAUAGUGACUGUUUCAGUUGAGGAAUUACAAAAUCUGUUGUUUACAGUCGUUUACAUUAUGGUGCAUAUCAUUAAUAAGUAUCUCAGUGGUUAUAUAAGCACCCACUGUAUAUAAAGAAUACAUUUGAUAAAAACUUGUCACUAUUGGCACCAAUUGUCCUAUGAAAAUAUUUUGCCACAGUGAUUAUGUGAGAACGUUUGCCAAAGCUAGAAUUAAAAAAAAAAAAUCAUCAGAUGUAAUUUUCAGUAUUUGUAUAGCAAAGCCUGCAUUAUAUUGUACAAGAUUUAUUCUAUACCACAGCAACAUUUGCAUGUAUACUUAUAUAUAGUGCAUAUCACAGGAUUUAUUUUAUCAUAAAUGUGCUUUUAUUUUACAUUUACAGAAGAGUUUAACAAUAUGUUCAUUAUUUCAGUGUUUCAUAGUGAGAGUUAUAUGACAAUCUUUUUUUAUCCAAGUACUGUUGCCCUUUCAGCUCAUUACUACAGGCUGGUUUUCUUUUUCUGUUUUUGUUUGCCUAAAUGUACCUGCCACUCAUUUCUCAUUUGAAAAUGUGUACAUAAUUUAUCAAACAUGUAAAAAAAAUAGAGGUUUUGAUUCAAGCUGAAUAGAAAAAGAAAUAUUUAUUUUUGAAGUAAUCCGAACGGAUUGAAUAUUUUAAAUACAGUCUUUUGUGUUAUUUAAACUGCGCCCAUAAUUUCUGACUGCUCUCAAAAUGUCAAAACAUGAAAAAUGAGACAACAUUGGAUUUUGUUCCUGUCCAAUCCAUUGAAGAUUCAAUUUUAGCAUGAGUGACUUGAUUUCACCCAUGCAAGCCAAUAGUUCUUCACUGUCAUACUGAGGUCGAUUUUAUGCUUUGCUAUCUAAUAAACACUCACAUUUAGACUUAGAAUUUUGUUUGAUUCAAGUCUGAGAUGGUGUGUUUCAAUGGCUUAGCUUUGGGAGUUCUAUUCAAUUGUUUUCCAUUUGAAUUUAAACUUGCAAAGCACUAUACAGCCAUAAUCAUACAUGUAUAAGUACAACAUAGCUUAAUAAGAGUUAGAGUUUCUUUAGGAGUAACAGCCUCUCUCAAAUAAGCUUUUCUAAUGCAAUGCUACAAGGAUAACAAUGAAGACAAUUCAGUUAUACUUUAAAGGAUUUUUAUUUUGACUAUUCUUAAUAGCAAGAAAUUCUAUAUGAAAAGACCAACUGACAAUGUGUUGGGCCCUCUCUCAUUCCCUACUCUCUCUGUGGCUGCCCAAAUGAAAAUAUUUGAACUCAAAAACAUUAUUGUAACACAUUAGCAAAGGACUGAAUAGAAAUAUUUAAAGGUGACAUCAGAAAUCAAUACAUUGCUUUAUUCUAAAUCCUGAGACAUUUUUCCAAAAUGUCUUUUUUCACUGGACUCUGAUUCUAAAAUAUGGCCAAAAACACAGAUAAUUAAAUUUAUUUCAGUUUUUUUAAAACUUUACUUACUGUGGGAUGUAUGUAACCUUUAUGAAAAUAACUUUUUGUUAUAUUUUAACAUAUGACAUAUGAGUAAUUUUUUAUAAAAAAUAAUCUAAAAUUAUGUGUUAAAUUUGACAGCAUUUAACACAUAACUGGGGUGGCCAGACAUUGUUUAGGGGUAGCAACUGCCACUCCAUGCCACCCCUCUAGAGCCGCCCCUGAGGCACUCAUUUGCAAAAUUUUGUAUAGGACUGAAUUACAGAUGAAAACACUGAAGAUUUCUUAUGACUUGUAAUAUACAAAUGCCCCCUGGGUAACACGGAAACAGUGGUCAUUUAUUCAAGAAUGUCAAGAAUGGCUUUACAUUACACAUAUGAAAGAAAACUGCCAUUUUUACCCAAUACAUACAGUACAUGACAUAUCUGAAAUUAGCCUGUAUGACAUCACAUGAUAAUGGCCAACUUUACAAAGUUGAACUUCAAUGAUGUGAGUGUGCAAAAUACAAGUUAAAUUCUUUAGAUCAAAGCCUUAACAUUGUCCAUACUGCUUUUAGGAUGGCACAUAGAAAGAACAGAGUUCCCCCUGACCCAAAGAAACAUAUUUAAUAUACUGAUUGAAUAUAAAGAAAAAGGAUACCAUGUGGAUAUUUUUAUGGCAUUGUUUCAAAUGAUUUGUCUGAGUUUAGAGUCUGUCCCAAAGGCCUGUGAAAUCAAAGAGUGUAAUGUGACACAUGAGUAGAAAUGUAGAUCCAAUGGGUAGAACUGUGAAUGGAUGCAUGUGUAGCCUCUUGUGUUGUCCCUUGAUGAAUAAUUCAUGUUUUCUGAUACUGUGAUCAGCUGUAUGAAUUCUAUGCAGCAAGAAAAAAAGUUGAGUUCAAAAACAAAAAAAAAGCUCAAUAGUUACGUUUUUGUGUAACCGUCAAAAUAGCAAAGUACUGAUUGCUUAAAGACAGUUGAACCUAUAGCAGUCAUAGUGAGUUUUAAGAGCACGAUGAUCAGGGUAGAUAACAAAUUGUGCAUUGUCUAAAUGAUUGGAAUAAAUGUUUGCUAUUGAAACCAAUCAAUGCAUGUCCUCUCAUCCAUGUUGUUAGUUCAGAGCAUUUUACUUGAGUAGCCUGGCUGAUUAUUACAACAGGAAAGCUACAAUCUGGGUCACCAAAUCUUGAACACUCCAAAAACUAAACUCAGUUGAAGAAAAAAAAAUUUGAAAGGUAAACAAUUGACUUGAUUAAAAAUGGUAAUUUUUUAUAUCAGGAAACCCUUUUAUAAAUAUGAGUAUAGUAUGGAGGAUUUAAAAUGUCAACAUUUCUGUAAUGUUUUUGUACUGUUUUCACCCCUGUAUGCACCUCUGACCAAAUGAAUUUCCUCUUUUGGAUCAAACAUUUUUUUUUAUUUGAUUUAAAUAAAACAAAUCAAACAAAGAAAUAAAGUGAAUACAAUAAA